ACAAACCCACAUAUUCCUCGUGCCUCAAUUUCAUUUUCCCUCCUCCCAAUUAAAAAUUCUCAUUCUCACCAUUCUAUUAUAUAUAAUAACUUAAGCCCUUCUCUCUUCACCGUCGCUUCUGUCUUCUCAAAAUUUAAUUCGCCAACAACCAUUUCUCAGAGGGAAGAAUGUCAAGCUCAUCGGAGUAUUCAGGUUUUUCCGGCCACCGCCCGGCGGAAAAGUCAACUUUCUCUCAGACUUGUAGUCUAUUGAGCCAAUACCUCAAGGAAAAGGGCAGCUUCGGAGACCUUAGUCUCGGAAUGAGUUGCGCCGUCGAACCAAAUGGUUCCCCUGAAACAUCGUGUCACUCUGCAACAACCAUGGAGUUGUUUCCCACCAUCAUGACGCAAAGGAACCCCACUGCCAUGGAUUUCCUCUCUCCGCAAACUGCUUUUCCUCGCCACUCUGAGGUUCCAUCCAUUGUUAAACCAAGUUCAUUCAAGUCUAUGGAGAAGGAGCCUAAAGCUUCUCAGUUGACAAUCUUUUAUGCUGGGCAAGUUGUUGUGUUUGAUGAUUUUCCUGCUGAUAAAGUGGAGGAGAUAAUGUCAUUGGCCAGCAAGGGAACACCCCAAAAAGGCCAGAACUCAUCUGCAUAUGUUCACACUCAUAACCAGCAAGGGAGUCAUCCUUCGUUUGUUCCUAAUAUCACCCCUCAAACACCAUCCAGACCAAUUGCUUGUGAUCUUCCAAUUGCUAGGAAAGCUUCACUUCAUCGGUUCCUUGAGAAGAGAAAAGAUAGAAUUGCUGCCAAAGCGCCAUAUCAAACAAACAGUCCCAACUCUGCUUCUAAUAAGGCGGGUGAAUCCAUGUCUUGGCUUGGAUUAGGUGCUAAAUCAACAUAAACUUGAGCGCAGUUACAGUUUUAAGUAGUUGUAACCAGUUUUUUCCUUUCCUUUUUGAUAUAUUAUUCGCUAGAGCUUUGUCAUUUUAAUAACUUGUUAUCUACCACUAUGACUGAUAGAUCUAACAUGAGUCGUCUUAGAUGUUGGCUCCAAUUAUUAUGAUUCCAAAUAUUUCCUGUAAUUAUAGUAUUUCAAAUUCUUGAAUUCAUUAUUCUCAUUUCUUGUGUA